CCAGCAACCCUCAGACAAAUAAAUUAUUUGCUUAAGUAACCAAGCACCAGUUAGCUCCAGAAAAAGCUGGCCAGACUCUCAGCAAGUUCUAGGGAGGUGUUUGCCUGAGGCCCCAACAGCCCAGAGGCGAUGGUUUUUUGGGCUGCGGGGUGCAUCCUUCUGGCCCUCCUCACCUGGUGGUUCUGGCAGCCCCAGGCUCCUCUCGUCAGAUCCACCGAUAGCAAGAGGCAGCCGCGAAGAUGGGGACCCGCAGAGGAGGAGCGCAAGGCUGCUGGGUUCCCUUUGGGAGAAGAGCGGGGGUCUCCUGUAGGGGGCUGCCGCCUCAUCUGCAAGCCCUCUGCCCUCGCUCAGGCCCUGGUCAAGAGCUUCUGCCGCUCUGCCCACCUGGAGACCAAGCGGUGGUCCUGGAAGCGGUGGCCAAACCUGCAGACUGCUGUGCAGCUCCUGUGGCCCCCGGAUCGCCCACUGGAGUUUUCCAGGGACCACCUCCAACUGGCGGACGAGGGCAUCGUUGCGUUGGAUUGGGUGGUUGGGCCCGUGGACGGAGGCAGGAAAGCCACUGACGCAGCGGUUCUCCUGGUGGUUCCCAAUGCCACUGGCGCGAUCAGCAGGAACGUCCACCAGCUGUGCCGACUGGCCCUCCGGCAAGGCUACUGUCCGGUCAUCUUCAACCGGCGUGGCCACAACGGCUGCCCACUGACCACCCCCAGGCUGCAGCCCUUUGGUGACCCGGACGACCUGAAAGAGGCAGUGGCAUACAUCCGGUUCCGGCACCCUAGCAGGACCCUGUUUGCCGCGAGUGAAGGGUCAGGGUCAGGCCUGCUGCUCUCUUACCUGGGCGAAUGCGGCUCGUCCAGCUACCUGUGUGGCGCUGCCUGCAUCUCGCCCAUUCUAAAGGCCCAGGACUGGUUUGAGGCUGGCCUCCCUCGGCUGUAUGAAUGGAGUCUCCUCCUGUCCCAGAAGAGGCGCAUCAGCAGGUAUGCCGAAGCCCUGGAGGAGGAGGUGGAGAUGGACAGCGUACUUGGGAGCAGCUCCUUGCGAGCUUUUGAAGCUGCCCUCUUCUGCCCACAGCGGAGGCAGAAGAUGAGCUGGGAGACCUACUGGGCCAGCAAUGAUCCCCUGCGGGACGUGGACGAGGUGGCCGUGCCAGUCCUGUGCCUCUGCAGCGCUGAUGACCCCAUCCGGGGGGCUCCCGAGGACACCAUCCCGUGGGAGCUUUUCCAAAGCAACCCUUUCUUCUUCCUGCUGCUGAGUCCACAUGGAGGACACUGCGGAUUCCUCGAGAAAGACCCCAAAGGCUCCUGGGGUAACGCAGUGGUGCUGGAGUACCUGCAGACCUUGGCGGAGUUUCUUCGAGGGGAAGAGAGGAAGGACAAGCCCCGCCGAAGGACAGCCACCGCCCAGCAUCGCUGCUGCCGGCGCCGCACCCCUCUGCAGAACAGGGGGUCCGGCCUGCCUGGCCUAGACCUCUUCAGCUGGCAAAGGUCGUACACACGGUGA